AUGCCGGUAAGUUGAUUUACAGUAUUUUAAGACCCUCAUUUCACAACUAAAUUGCCUUAAUUUUGGGCUGACAAAUCAAAAUUAAUGAUCCGUAUUUUAGUCGCCACCCAAACUUCGAUCCAGAAAGCCAUCCAAAUCGCCAGCCAAGUCAAAACCGAAGGCCAAGUCCCCGCCCAAGAAAAGAGCCCCAUCCAAAUCGCCGGCCCGCUCCAAACCCGCCAAAACUCCAGCGAGAAAGGGCUCCGAAUCCCCCGCCAGACCCUCGUCCCCUAAGGGCAAGAGCGCGGCCAAGUCCAGUCCCCCGUCCAAGCAGACUCCCCGAGGCAGAAGUCGAAGCCGUUCAGCCCAAAGAGGCCGGCCCCGCUCCCGCUCCAGCAGCCGAACCCGGAAACCGGUCCAGCCAGAGCCCCUGAAGAAGGCGACGCCCGUCUCGGCGAGCAAGCCCGCCACUCCAGGCAGCCGCUCCUCCCUCCGCCUGCGUCAAACCAACGGCCCCACGACCAUUUCGAAGCCGCUUCUGUUCGGCUCGUCCCAGACUUCCCCUCGCUAUGCGGGCCGGCCCGGCAUCAGCUACUGGCAGCGCGUCAAGAACUCCCAAGUCGGCAGAUAUGUGAGGAAUCUGCCUCGUCGCUUCAGCGUCGCCAACACCAAGAGAGCCGUCAAAAAGCACUGGCGGAAGGGAGUGGCGGUGGUUGUGGCGGCCGGGAUCGCGUUUUAUUCCUACCACAACUACAGACAGAUCGAGAAACUGGCCAACGAACAGUACCAACGACUCGCGGACCUGGUGGCCAAACAGAAACGGCCGAGCAUCUUCGGGUGAAUUGAGUUCGUUUUUCGUAGAACUAAGAGAUUUCGCAAAUAGAUGUCAUGAAUAAGAUGGCUGAUACUCAGUGCUAGACUAAGUUCAUUCUUAGGAAAUUUAACUGUUAUAAUCUAUGAAUAUAAGGCUUUCCGACGCAGUAAUUCACUCGGCCAUAUAAGAUUUCAGGCAGUCGUAAAUCGCCUGGAAACUUGAUACCCUGACCAUUAAAUUAUCGCGAUUUUAAAUGUCCAAACUAGAAAAAUGUAGCAAUAAAACUCAUUGGCAGUAAGAAUACCACCUUUAUGUGUCCUACAACCUCACAUUUUACCCAAUUUCCAUCAAAAUUCAAUCAAAGACAUCAAAAAUCCAUCAUGGAUAAUAUAUCUGAUGACUUUUCCUUCCAAAAACUCCCACUUUUUCUCUCGAAUAGACCGAAAAUAAGCUGAGCUCCCAUUAAAAUCAAGGUUAAUCGCCGCCUAGGGCAUUUCACAUGGUUUUUAUCACUAAUCUCACUAAUUUGUUCCGUUUUUCAGGAAUCUAUUCGCUGAAACUCCCGCCACACCUCCUCCCAAAGCCGAGAACAUCGCCAACUCACCGCGGCAACAAUGA